GUUCAGAGGAAAGUUUCACAAUUUUGACAUUGCUUUCAAAAUGGCGGCGGUAGAUGUUGAGCGUGUGAAGUUGGAAGCAAAUAUCCGAAAUUUAAAGCUAUCCGGACACGUUGGAUUUGACAGUUUACCUGAUCAGCUGGUUAACAAAUCUGUUCAAAAUGGAUUUGUUUUCAACAUUUUGUGCAUUGGUGAAACUGGACUCGGAAAGUCAACACUCAUGGACUCGCUUUUUAACACGAGCUUCGAAGCGAGCCCAAGUCCUCACAAUUUGCCUGCGGUGAAAUUGAAGGCCCACACUUAUGAGCUGCAGGAAAGCAAUGUGAGACUAAAACUCACCAUCGUCGACACAGUCGGCUACGGAGAUCAGAUUAAUAAAGAGGACAGUUUUAAAGCUGUCGUCGACUAUAUCGAUGCCCAGUUUGAGGCUUACUUGCAAGAGGAACUCAAGAUAAAACGCUCGCUAUCUACUUAUCACGACAGUCGCAUUCAUGUCUGUCUUUACUUUAUUUGUCCAACGGGUCAUGGACUAAAAUCCAUCGACUUGGUAUGUAUGAAGAAACUCGAUACCAAAGUUAACGUUAUUCCCAUUAUCGCCAAGGCUGACACAAUUUCAAAAACUGAACUACAAAAGUUUAAGAGUAAAAUAAUAUCCGAAUUGCAAAACAAUGGAGUGCAUAUUUAUCAAUUUCCAACUGAUGAUGAAAGUGUUGCUGAUGUAAACACUUCGAUGAAUACGCACGUGCCUUUUGCAGUCGUUGGCAGUACUGACUUUGUUCGCGUUGGGAAUAAAAUGAUGCGUUCCAGGCAAUAUCCUUGGGGCACAGUGCAAGUCGAGAAUGAAUCACAUUGCGACUUUGUGAAAUUGCGCGAAAUGCUCAUUAGAACUAACAUGGAAGAUAUGCGAGAGAAGACACACUGCCGUCACUACGAAUUGUAUCGCAAGAAGAGACUCGAGCAGAUGGGAUUCAGUGAUGUCGACAGUGACAAUAAGCCGGUGAGUUUCCAACAAACUUGCGAAGCAAAGCGCUCGACCCACUUGCAGGAACUUCAGCAAAAGGAGGAUGAAAUGAGGCAAAUGUUUGUGGCGCGUGUGAAAGACGCUGAAGCCGAGUUGAAAGAGGCGGAGAAAGAAUUACACAACAGGUUCGAUAAGCUGAAAAAAGAUCACACUGAAGAAAAGAAGAAACUCGAGGAGAGUCGCAAGAAAUUGGAGGACGACAUUCAAGAACUCAAUCGUCGAAAAGUCCAAGUUGCUCAGCAAACCCAGCAUCACACACUAACUCUAGGCAAAAGCAAGAAAAAGUAAGAACAAAUUUAUUGAAUCUUUACAAGACAUUGAUCCAUUUUAUUAUUUAUCAGUUACUCAUCAUUUAAUAUAUUUAUUCCCGCAAAAAGACAAAUGCAUUUAGAGUAAAACAAGUCUUGUAGAAAAAUAAAACGAACAUAACAUUAUAAUAGAUGAAUUGAUGAAAUUACAAAACUAUUCAAGUUUUGACCAUUCUCCAAAGGUAGAUUUGUAGUAUUUGAAUUUUGAUACAUUUUUACUAUUGUAUUAUUUUUAAGAUUUUGAUUGUACAACUGAUUGAAUUUAUAGUCGCUAAAUUCAUUUAUAAUACGCACAUUAAAUAAAUGAACGACAUUUAAAUAAAA